AUGAGGAUGCUGCCCUACCCCAUCAUACCUCCUCCAUUUCCCUCAGCAGCAGCUCUGAGCCGUGACACGAAGCGGGCAGAAGUAGAACAGAGUCGAAUGGCAGAGAGCCUGCGCCUUUUUGAUUCCAUCUGCAACAACAACUGGUUCAUCAACACCUCGCUCAUCCUCUUCCUGAACAAGAAGGACCUGCUGGCGGAGAAGAUCCGGCGCAUCCCGCUCACCCUCUGCUUCCCCGAGUACAAGGGCCAGAACACGUACGAGGAGGCCGCCGUCUACAUCCAGAGGCAGUUUGAGGACCUGAACCGCAACAAGGAGACCAAGGAGAUCUACUCCCAUUUCACCUGCGCCACCGACACCAGUAACAUCCAGUUUGUCUUUGAUGCGGUGACAGAUGUCAUCAUACAGAACAAUCUCAAGUACAUUGGCCUUUGCUGAGGAGAGGGUCCCAACCCAUUUGCCUGUGGUUAAACCUGCGGGGUGUCGCACCCCAACUUGUGCUAGAGAGGCCCAACCCAGGGGCAGAAAAUGGGGGGCCUGAAGAAUGUCCCCCCACCCCUCAGCCUCUGCCUCCUUGGCCCCACGUUUCCGCAAACAAAUAUAUAUGGAUAAAUUGCUAGGUAGGUAGACACAUACACACACACGUACGUACGCCUGGAGAUGGCAAAGUUCUCCAAAGCGUCGAGGUCUCUUGAAGACUUGAGAAGCUGUCACAAGUUCACUACAAGCCCAUCCUGCCCCUUCACUUUGCCUUCCUGAGUUGGCCCCACUGUGCAUGGGGGUCUGCAUUGGACACUGGGGAGAGGUGGCAGGGCUGGGGCCGGGUGGGGCUGGGUUGGGCCAGCUGCGCCUCUGUCGCCUGGAGGAGGGCCAGCUCACCGCCUGAGCUCCGGCCUGGGGACCUUGCCACUGACCAGGAGGGAGGACCAGAGCAGGGUCCGUGCACCCUCCCUGCUGGCCACACCCAUCACUGGCCUACACAUGGCUGCUCUGUACCACAUCCGUUCCAGACCCGGGACCUUAGGAGCCAGGUGACAGCACUAACCAGACCUCCAGCCACUCAUAGCUCUUUUUAAACAGCUUCAAAAUAUGCAGCAAAAAUCAACACAAUACAUGAGUGGCACCAUCUAUUUCAAACUAGGCCAGCUGGGAUUCCAGCUUUUCUUCUACUAGUCUGUUUUAUAAAUCAAAACCUGGUUUUUCUUCUCUGACAUCCUUUUUUUUUUUUUUUUUUUUUUUUUUGGCCAAAUC